UGAGUAUCCCUCCCCCACGCGAAUUUUAAGAAUUUGGAAGCAAGUCAAUUCUCGUCUUGUAACAUUCCAUUCAUAUUCAUUCAUUAAUAAUAACAAAAAGAAUAGUAGAAUGGCCAAAGUAUUAGUAACUCGCGCUAAUAUUAAAUUAAACAAAUCGCUGUAAAUCCGUCAUAUCAUAUAGGUAUUUGUGUUGAGCGUUGUGCUAAGAAUGUCUACUUUAGAUAGCCAUGGAUCUCCCUGGAGGAAACAUAAAAUUGAACAUGAAAUCACCUUAGACAUUGAAGAUAUUAAGAAACCUCGUCUAAAUUACUACCGUUUAGAAAGUGAGAGCUCGAAAGCCUCAGAUGAUGGAACUGAAAGCAUAUGCAGCCUUCAAGAUAGAGAAACUGAUUUUGUCCAAGACAGUUCAGAUCUGAGCUCAGAUUCUGAGGAAAAGGCAACUGAUGAGGGCAGUGAAUAUGAUGUACAAUUUGAGUAUGAAGUGGCAAGUUUGUCAGAAAACGAUGAAACUAUGUUUGAAGGAUCUACUACGGAUUCAGAGGAUUUAAUGCUAGCAGCUGCAGCUGCUGUAAUCUGUCAGAAUUCCUUUGAAGGUUGUGUCACAGACAUAGAAGAUUCAGAGUCGAGCACUGACGAGUCAUUGUUCAAAAAAUUGGAAUUUCUGACUUGUGUUCAGUGUAAGAGAAAGAACGUUAAUCCCAUGUACCGAUAUUGUGAAAAAUGUUUUAAGGAUCGCAAGAAAUCUUUUCCUCCGCGGCCGAAAAGGCGGAGGAACCGUCUAAAGAAAGUUGUCGAAUACGAAGAUCCUAAAACAUUAAAAACUUCUGAGAGUCAAGGCUCUGAGCAACUAACUUCUGACCUAGGUUCAGAACAAGUGACUUCUGAUCUGGGAUCAGAAGCUAGCGGCUCAGCUUUGAUUAGUUUUUCGUCCGUGGCGAAUUGCAGUUCAAGCAGCGGUUUUUUCUCUGAAAACAAUCCACGUUCGAUGCAGAAUAAAUCAAGCUUUGACAAGUCGGAUUCUGAUUUAUGCAUAUUUUGCAACAGUGCUCCGAAGAAUAGUAUUUUUUUGCAUACUAACAUAGCACAUUGUUGUUGCUGUUAUCCAUGUGCUAAAAAAACGUUGAGGAGCAUUAAAAAGUGCCCCAUUUGUAAUGGUAGUGUGAAUAAGGUUGUCCGGAUUUUCACCACCUAGGACAAUAGUUUUGGUUUAAAAGAUUGUAUGAUGAACGACUACAAAAAUCAAGGGGAUGAUCAAUCAGCAGCGUGAUCUAUAUAUGAUUAAACACAUGUGCAAUUAAAAAAAAAUCCAUGGAAUUGUUUUAAGAUUUUUAUUACCAAUAAUGAACACAUUUUCACUUCUUCAUGUUGAUACAUGCAGAUAUUUGCUUAUAUUAUAUUACUUUGUAUGGGUAACUACUUUAAUUUGUGAUAUGUUAUCUGCAAACAAAAAAUAAUGGUAAAAUAUGGAACGUAGAACUUUAAUCAUGUCUAAUUAUAAUAUUGUAGUCGUUUAUGAUACAUCUUAUUUUGUUAUGUUUGUUUUUUGAGCAAAACUGUUGAUAGUUCAGCCAAAUUUUUGAGACUAACACUAUUCUUAAAUACACACUUAAUAAUAGUUUUAGUUUUGAAUGUUGUUAAAGAUGUCAACUUUUAUAGCGCAAUAAAUGAGACCAAAGCCUAAUAUUAAAAUUUUAUAACUAAAGGUAUAAAUGCCGUAGAUUUAACAUAUAAAGUCCAGUUUUUCCUAAAAUUUGUUGCUGGAAUACGUAUCUACUAGAUAACAGUGUUAAAAGAAGAAAUAGCGAAAGCGUUUUUUAAAUAUUUCAUAAAAAUGUUGUUUGCUUCGCCUAAUUUAAAAAUUAAAUCUUUCAUCAGUUAUUCUAGCUCCUCUGGUUUUUUUCUGUGAUAUUACCUAAAGUAAUUUUGAUGUUUUAUGUAAAAUCAGAGCAAAACAGAAACAUUAUUUUAAAAAUGAUUUUAAUUUGAGGUUUAAUAGACUUCGCUCUAAUAUGAUCUUACGGUAUGAACAAGACCGACCAAAUGGGUUACAUUAGCUAGCUUUCUAUUUAAAUUAAUCAGUACUUCAGAUUUUGUUAUUUAAUCUAUCCUUUUGAACUGAGCAAUUCGCAAAAUAACACUAUUAUUUCAUUUCCAAUAUCCAGAGUCUAAAUUCGGUUCUUACCGGAUAUAAUUUUAAACCAGCGCAGCGGGCUCAUUUUAAUAAUUACCGUCCAAGUUCAAGUAGAAUAAACCCAAGAUUUCUAUUAUCAUACAUUUCGCCAUUUUACUGCGGACUUCAAUACCAUUUAAUAACAGUUAAUAGCUUUCCUUAAUCUUUUUGUUAAUUAGUACCGUAUUUGUACUUUAACACUCGGUUACCACAGCUCGGUUUGCUGAUGUAUCCCAUUUUGCUUUUCUAUCCCUGACAUAUUGUCAAAAUAACUAGAUAAUUUUAUUAAAAAAAGAUUUUUAGUUUGUUUUAGUUAGUAAAAGUCACAAUUUGAACCUUUUCUAGUUUGCUAACUAUAUUUUACAAUUUAAGAAGAACGAUUAACUCGGCCCGAUUAAAUACUAACGUUGCCUAAUUAAUACUACAUUACCUUUGGGAUAUUCUCAAUUCGCUCGUUUUUCGUUGGUUUUUUAAGAAUCAACAUUAUAAAAAGAAUAGAUUUAUUAUAACCCGUUGAUUAAUUUAGGUCAAUAGUAAAUUUGCUCACAGUAAUAACAGUCAUAUUGCGUAGGAUUAUUUAAUGCUUUUACGGCAAAGUAAAAUAGUGUCUAACUUAUAAUUUUUUCCUUAAAGGCAGUUUAAUAUUUUAUUCUUGCCUAAUCGGAUAGCAAUUCUGAUAUAAUGGUAUAAUUAGUAUAUACCACUUUAGAGAGUUAACCUAAUAGCUGAAACAAAACCUUGAUAUUAAAUAUCUCUUUGAUACAUAUCAUCCUAGUCAAAGUCCUUGGUCUUGCAACGGUUCCAUUAGUAAUUAUGAAAAUAUGUAAAUGAAAAUGGUUGUUACAUAAUAAGGACUGAAUCUUAAAUGAAAAUAUUAUUAAAUACGUUUAUUUUUUAAUCAUUAAGUAUUUUGGCAUCUUUAACAUGACUCCUAUACUUAAAAAAGCACUGAAAAGUGAAAACUAGGUGUACAGAACCAAUUCUAAGUUAUUUCAGAGAGAUUUUUAUAUUACUAGAGAAUUAAUGCAAAUCUAUACAAAAAUUUAACUGAAUAAAGACUGAUUCUAUUUUUUGUUUUUGUGUGUAAAUUAUGUAAAUAAAUGUUUUAAUAAGCACUUAAAUUUUUGUAUCGGUUCGGCAUAAAAUUAUGUGAGGGGUACAUUUGCCUUUAAACAGAAAACAUUGUUUUUUGUUCAAUAUAAAAACGAUGAACCUUUCUUUUAUUGAGCAGCCUCUACCGUUUUGUAUAAUGUUUAGUGCGGAUUGUUUUUUUAUGUUAAUGUCAUAAAAAAUUCAGUCCCGCUGGUUUAGUUUGCAGUUUGGAACCAUUCAUAAGUUUGUGUUAUUUUUUGUUUUCAAAUAGAAGAUUCUUAUGUGCAAUUUUUGUUUGUUAAAUAAAUAAAGCCUUUUUCAGUA